CAAAUUGUAAUUCGUUAUGGUAAGUGACAAAUCCGUAAUUCGCAAAUUACGGUGCGGAGCAACCCCUACCGCCUGGUGGUUGGUCCUCCCUACCUUCGAAACAAGGCAUCCCCUUAUGGCAUCCCCUAACCCGGUCUCCAGUGUCCCGUGACCCGCAACCACAGUUGCAGCUACCUACAGCUACCAGACUUAUAACAUCCAGGCAGAGGUCUACACCCUGGCCAUAGCCGGAACCAAGCUGGAGCCGAGGUCGUAGCCAAAGCCAUAGCCCGGAUCGGAGGGCGCGCAUGCGUCUUUCUGUUAAUUCCUUGCGACUUUCUUGCUCUCCCAUCGAAUGCCGACAACGACAACGACGACGACGACGACGACGACGACGACGACGACGACGACGACGACGACGACGACGACGACGACGACGUCAUCGUCGAGAACGGAAGAGGAUAUCAACGAUAUCAGCUACGAUAACAUUACAUAAUUGUUACAUAAUUGUUACUGUUAUCCGUUAACUCGACAACAACGACGACGACGACGCGACGAAGACGACAACAACGACGACGACGACGACGACGACGACGACAAAGGACAAAGACAAGGUAUAGAGACAAGGACAAGGACAAGAACGAGGGCAGCAACAACGACUUUCACUUUUACAUCGAUCAACGACGAGACAAAGAAAAGAACGUAGAAACAGGAUAGUAACAAACAUACAGACACGUAAGAAAGGAAGGAAAGAAACGGGACGAGAGCGAUCCGGAGAAUUAUUAGGAGACAAAGAAACUAACGACAAACUAACGGAGUGGUUUUCCGAGAGGUGCGACAGGUGGGAAGAUCGGCGAAGAGACACGGAAGAGAGCGGAGAGAAAUAGUUUAGAGAAUAGAAAAUCGGGAGCAAGAGUGUCGGGAUAUUCGUAUUCGGUGGUGAUGCAGUCGCGCGUCAAUCGUGCCCGACUGUCCCUUCGGAUUGCUCGCGCGAGGAUCGCGCGGCACGCGCGUGCUCCGAAUCACCGCGCAUCGCGCAUUACCCUUCUUUCGGUUUCUUCAUGCUUAUAGUGCCACUAUACGCGGUAUACGAUUCCCGUUGUCGUCGGCAACAGUUGAGCAGGUGCGCUCGUGGGAGAAGCAAGCAACACCGAUGGAAAACGGGGCAAUCGAGAUUUGAGGAAACUCGGCUCGGAGCGGAGCGGAGCGGAACGGAGACCGAAACGAAGAAGUGACAGACUGAUCGCAAAGGUGAUUCGAUGAACAUUGAGGAUUAAUGCGAGUGUCGUUAUGUUCGCCAAGUCGAAAAGCAGCGGCUCGACACCGAGCAUCCUACUUCCGAACGCUCUCCAAAAUUUGUACGAAGUUGGCAAACAAUCGGCCACCGCGGGUCCCGAGAACGCUUGGCGCAUAUACGACGGUUACACCAAAACCGAUCGAAAGGAAGUCUCGAUAUUUUUUUUCGACAAGAGAUCGGUCGACAAGCUGCACAAGCCAAAACGCAAGGAGACCGUUACGGAAAUUUUACGGAACGGGGCGCGACAAAUGGAACGAUUCUCUCAUCCGAAGAUACUGCAAGCAUACAAGGUCGAGGAGUGCGCGGAUAGUUUGGCAUUCGCGUCGGAGCCGGUUCUGGCCAGUCUUGCAAACGUUCUGGCGUAUCAGGAACAACGUGCGAACAACAUUGGCCAAUUGUCGAGCAACGCAACGAAACAAACCUCCUCGGUCGCUAGUCAUCGCGCCACGUACGCGAAAGAGUACGAGUUGCUCGACAUCGAAAUCAAAUAUGGACUGUUGCAGAUCACAGAGGCUCUGCUAUUCCUUCACGGGACCUACAAAGCUCUUCACAGGAACGUUUGCCCUGCCAGCAUCAUAAUUACCAAGAGGGGCACUUGGAAAUUGUCGGGGCUCGAAUUUAUUGAAAAAGUUAACGAAAUGACAACGAUAUCGUUGCAACCUUGGACUAACCGCAUGCCAAAAAUGACACAGCCGAAUCUCGAUUACAUUGCUCCAGAAGUGCAACAAAAGAAAAUGGGAGGCUUCUACAGUGACAUGUAUAGCUUUGGUAUGACGGUAUGUGCAAUUUUCAAUCAAGGACGGCCGUUAAUUCAAGCGAAUCAUAGUUGCUCCGAGUACCUGAAACAGCUGGAAAACCUGAAAGAACAAGUCGAAAUGGUGCUACAUCUAAUUCCUCUUCCACUUCGUGAGGCAGUUUCCCGAUUGUUACACGUAGAUCCAGAAAAGAGGCCAACCAUUCAAGUUUUAUCCAUGAUCAAAUAUUUUCAAGAUCCACCCGUAUACGCGCUUCAAUUUCUGGAUGUCAGUAAGAUGAAAGACGUACUGCAGAAAGAGCAUUUUUAUACGACUACUUUGAAAGGAAUAUUGCCUUAUAUACCAAGGAAGCUUUGGUAUCAGCACAUCUGGACGUAUUUACAAACUGAAUUGGAAAGUCAAGAAGUUCAAUCGGCUGUGUUACAACCAGUAUUUUACAUUGUACAAAAUAGUACACAAGAAGAGUAUGAUCAAAUUAUAUUUCCAUCGUUGCGGUCACUUUUCUCGAAUCGGAAGUCGAUUCAGGGUACAGUGACGCUUCUGGAAAACUUGCAUUUGAUAUUAAAGAAAACAUCUCGGGAAUAUAUCGAGAGCGAGAUACUUCCAAUGUUAUAUACGUCCUUUGAGAAUUCAACUAUCCAAGUACAGACCGCAGCAUUCGUAGCCGUGUCGAACGUGACCGAGUACAUAGACGAUGAAUCCGUUCGGAAUAUCGUUCUACCAAAACUUCUUCAAGCCUUUGAAAAGAAUUUACUGGACUCCCGAAUACUCAUGAACGUGAUUCCUUGUAUUUUAAACCGGUUGGAGAAGCAGAAAAUCAUCGACUGCAUCCUACCGUUGUUGUUCAAUGUGAAACUUCAAGAGCCGGAGAUAAUCGUUCGGGUUGUACAAAUUUACAGAUUGAUGUUAACCGACAAAAAGUACGGACUUUCUGUCAGCUGGAUGGCGACUCGAGCGAUGCCCUCUUUGCUACCUCACACCAUCAACCCAGCGCUGAAUCUCGAGCAGUUUGAACUGCUUCUCAAAAUGUUGCAGGACAUGCUGAAUCACAUCGAAAGAAAUCAGAGGAAUCAAUUGACCUUGGACAAUCUGUCACUAUCGAGCCCGGAACGGUACCGAAGUUUACGACACCAACACAGUACGGACAAUAUGUACGUUGCGCCUUUCAACAUUCCAAACUUGCGCAUCGAGCAACGCAAGACUUCUUCGGCCGAGGACAUGGCUCGGAAAAAUAGCACAAAUUCGAUGUCGACGACAGUUUCAGCUGAAAAUAUGGCGAGAAAGAACUCGAUGAUAACCAUGUUCAGAUGGUUCUCAUCUUCGAACAACGACAACAGCAAUUUCUUGAAAGUGGCGAACACCUUCACGAGUAGACGGUUAUCGGACAACACCCUAAUGACACCGAAAAUACGUGUAGCACCGUCUUGCGAGAGUUCACCGGGUGUUACACCUGGCGAUGGUUUGCCCAUACGGCGCCACUCGAGCACCGGACCUCAGGAUCGACGAGGAUCCAAUAUAAAUUUAUCGCCUCUCUUGGGUGGAGGGAUGCCAGUUACCAGCAGCAGCGUGCCAUACUUGGUUAGCUCGAGCAUGAAUAGCAUACGGGGCUCGAGGCGUCCAUCCGUCUCUUCAACGUCCUCCCAGCAAGGCACUGGAUUGCUGCAGCAGGUUGGCUCCAGCAUGGUAAGACAACAACCCCCCAUCUGCCUCAACCUCAAUGGACUACCACCACCAUCACCACCACCACCACAACCACCACCACCAACACUUUCUCCAUUACUCCAGCUACCGGGACAGUCUUUCCACUGAUCCUUCGUUACAGUUAUCAAUUCUUCAACAAACAAUUCGACGCUUGAACGGUUCGUAGAAUAUCUACGCGUAUAUACGGCGUAGUCAUUAUUGUGAAAAGCAACUGAUCAUUGUUCGCGACUCGCGCGACGUGAUCAAAGGACGUAAGAAAGGAAGAGAGGAACCUCGAAGGGAAUAAUUUUACAAGGAUCUUGCGUCGAAUGAGGAGGUGAGUUCUUUGAUUUGGAUUGGUACAAACACACACACACACACACACACACACACACACACACACACACACACAUGCACAGAGAGUCAACGUACGGAUAAUUUUAUUCUUAAGGUGUAUACUAUACAUGUACAGUAUACGUAUCUACUACAUAACACUCGGAUCUGAAAUGUUAUCGGUUAUCCGGUAGAAUCUAAACUGAAUUGAACUAAAGUGGCCUAACUCCAUACAACAAUUACGUACAUAAUUAUCGUUUGUGUAAACCGUUUUCAAGAGAUUCCGAGACGAACGAAAUACGCGUGACGUCGUCUGUCGUUUCGUUUACGUAUGCAUGUAUGUACGUACAUCCGACGCAGUUGAAAGUAAGAAAGUAAGAGACGAAUCGUCGAACGAUACACGAAAACACAAUGCGACCUACAUAUAUGUAUGUAUAAUAUGCAGGCAGACGCGUGUACAUAUACGUACACAUGUACAGAGUGGGCCAAAAGUCACU